CAAAAUAUCUGAAACAAUUAUCUCAAAAAACGAACAAAAUCGCCAAUCCAAACCUCCCCAUACUUCUCCCUCCUUUUUUCUAUCUGCAAUCAUCGUGUGCGUGUUUUCUCGAAGCUUAUGUCUUCUUCUCUUCCCCUCAGCUUUAAUUAUCUUCCUUCAUGGCACAAAUCAUCAACAACUCCUUCAGAAUUCAAUAAGAAUGUCUUUAGCUUCUCAAGUUUCUCCAAACCCAUAUCCCCCUCCCUCUCAAAAUCUCACGUUUGCUUCGCAUUUAGCAACAACAGCGCCGAAUACGAACGGGAAGAAACCAGAUGGCUCCGGGAAGAGCAGCGGUGGAUGCGGGAGGAGCAGCGGUGGAUUCGGGAGGAACAACGGUGGGAGGCUGAGAGAGAGUCUCUAUUGAAUGAAAUCAAGGCUCUGAAACUCCAAAUUCAGGAGCUGCAACAUGAAGGAGCUAAUAAUUCCAUUUCGAAUGUUACAAAUUUGUUGCAUGUGUUGAAGAAAGAGGUGAACCAGAUCGCGGAGAGUGGGUCUAGUGCUUCACCGUUGGUGGUGGAGGCAGCUGCGGCGGUUGAGGAUGCUGUAGAGGUGGUGGUGAAGGAGGUGGUUAGGGUUGAAGAGAAGGUAAAGGAGAAGGAGGUGAUUAAGCCUGCGGAGGAGGUAAAGAAGAAAGAGGUAACGAAGAAGAGGACAACAUUGAGGGUAGGAUCAGAAGGCGAUCAAGUUCAAAUGAUGCAGGAGGCACUGCAAAAAUUAGGAUUUUAUUGUGGGGAAGAAGAUGAGGAGUUUUCUAGCUUUUCAACUGGCACAGAGAGAGCUGUAAAAACAUGGCAGGCUUCCAUUGAUGUGCCUGAAACUGGAAUAAUGACAGCAGAGCUUCUUGAAAGAUUAUAUAUGGAUCAAAAAGACGAAAGUUCUGGCUUCAAGGAGAGUGGAAAUGGAGUUGUGGUGGCUUCCAUAACACCAGUACCAGAAACUCCUUCGAGAACUGUAAACGAAUAUACAGAAUCCGAGCAUCGUGUCUUUCUUCUUGGAGAAAAUAGAUGGGAAGAUUCUUCAAGGCUUACAAACAAAAACAAUAUAAAUAGCAAAGGCGUAUUAACCUCAAAGUGCAUUACAUGUAAUGGGGAAGGCCACUUAUUGUGCGAAGAAUGUGAUGGGACUGGUGAGCCAAACAUAGAGCCACAGUUUUUGGAAUGGGUAGGGGAAGACACGAAAUGCCCGUAUUGUGGAGGCAAUGGUCAUACAACUUGUGACGUGUGUCAAGGCUCAGGAAUGCCCCUUGGAUCAAUGAGAGAGUAGAAGCAAGUAGCAACAUAGUGAUCGUUUAUUUUUCUUAACGAGAGUAGUCAUAUUCAUGAUGGGCUUUUUAAGUUAAAGAGUGUUUUCCAUAAAAGUUGGGUCUAUAAGGCACUUGUGUCUUGCAAUCUUGAAGAUUAUCGGCUAAAUUUUUAUACACAUUUAUAUCAAAUCUGAACUUUGGUAACACAAUAAACCAAAAUUAACCAUUAAAAGCACUACAAAA